AUGACCGACUACAGCAAGAAGACGAACGCCGAGCUGGUCGAGAUCCUGAAGGCUCGAUCCCUCCCCCACACCGGCAAAAAGGCCGACAUGGUCUCGCGCCUGCAAGAAAACGACCAGAGCAACCCCGGCGGUGCUGCGCUUGCUGCUGCGCCCGUAACUGCGGCCAAGACCGAUACCGAGGAUGUGAUUGAUUGGGACGACGAGCCAUCAGAGACACCCGCGCAGGCCUCAACGGAAGCCGGAGCUGCUGCCAUCGCCGCCGGCGGACAAGGCGCCGUCCCCAAUCCUGUCGCCGUUCCCAACCAGAAACUCGAUGAGAACCCUGCCGCGACCGACGAUCUGAAGGUCGAGUCAACUGGCGCAGCACCCGAAGCCGCCCAGGCCGAAGCCCCCGUUGAGACCAAGCCUCCCGUCGAUUACACGCGCGGACUCCCCCAGACGGACCUGGAGGCCGAGCUGGCGAAGCGCAAGGCUCGCGCAGAGAAGUUCGGCAUUGUCGAGGAUGAAGCUACGGCAUUGAAGGAGGCUACCAAACAACUCGAGCGGGCUAAGCGAUUUGGCACUGGCGCCGAGGAGACCGGGGUCAGCCGUCUGGAUCAGGCACUUCCUGACGGUCCUCGCAAGAGAGGGAACGAGUCUCGCGAUGCCCGUGGUGGCAAGCGACGCGAUACCGGUCGCAACCGUAACCGUCGUGGCGAUGGAAACCGGCCUCGCAACGAUGGCAACAAGACCAAUGCUGGUGUCAAGAAGCCUGCGACGGGCGGCAGUGCGCCGAAGAACUGGAGCGACAAGGACCAAGCGGCCAUGGAGGCCCGCAAGAAGCGGUUUGCUGCGGCGGCCUAA